AAAAGAAUAAAAAACUUUUACACGCAACUUUACCAGACGUUAGAGUAAAAAUACUUUUGACAACAUUGCUUCACAGGUGUGCGAGCACCGUUGUGCACCGUCACUUAUGUACCGUACCGUCUAUACAUCGUGAGGUUCUCCUGUGUGUCAUUGUUUUGUGUUUAGGUGUUUGUUUUGAAUGUGCCGUUGUAUUUGGUGAUUUAAAAAAGCUUUUUUUAAGACGUACGAGCAACACAGCUUCAGCAGUGAGAGAAAAAUAACCAAAAUGCCAAGUUGCGCUGUUCCUAAUUGUGAUAGUACACGACGUCGAGGCUUUCGCUUUUUCAGGUUUCCAAGUGACAAAACUCGGCGCGAAAAAUGGGUAAAUAACGUGGGCCGAGAAAACUGGGAUCCUACAGAAAGUUCUCGCAUUUGCAAUACACAUUUUGAAUACUCUCAGUUUGAACUACAUCGGCAGGACAACCAUAUGAAAUUGAAACAAAAUGCAGUGCCGACAUUGUUCUAUGUCGAGAUUUCUCCACCCAGAGAAUCAUAUAUGACCAAAGUUGACUCUGAACCUUCUCCAAUUCACAGUCUAAGUGAAAAGAGUGAAACAGCUGAAACUAAAUAUUUGCUAGUAGAAAAUGAGCUGAUCACUACUCCUGGGAAGAAUGAGUAUCUGCAACUGGAAGAAGAGCAGCAGGAUUAUCAGCAAGAGCUAUUGAAUAUGGAUAAACAAAAGAGUUUGUGUCGCCUAUGCCUUACACCCUCUCCAGUGCAACGCUUGAUAAGUAGUGAUGAAUCUAAAAUGUUAGAAGAGAUAGCUUCUAUAGAGCUGUCCAGAAAUGCCCAACUAAAUAAGGCCUGUAUAAAAUGCUUGGUCAAUCUCAAAUUAGCAUUCCAAAUCCAACAGAGGAUCAUAAAGUCUAACAACUGGUUUAUUGAAAAUAUAGAUGCUGAGGUAGUAGGCAGUAAUAGUUGUGAGAUAAUUACCAUAAAACAAGAGAGUCUUGAUGGAGAAGUAAUCCUAGAUUCUGCAAAUAGUAAUACUGAGAUAUCGGGAAGUAGAAUUAAGGAAGAACAUUCUGAUAAGAGGUCUACAAAUGACACAGAUAGUACUGCAGAGAUUUUAGUUUUAAAAACAGAAAAGGAUGUGGUAGAAGAAAAAUCAUUAUUUGCCGAUUUCAAUCUAGGAAAAUGUCCAAUAUGUGGAAAAGACAACUCCACAGUUGAACAUGCUCAGUCACACUUUGAAUCGAUCCAUAAAUGUGAAACAUGUGACACCAGUUUCAAAAAUAUACAAGAAUAUAGUCUACAUAUGACUAAAAAACAUGGAACACAGAAUCAAACGUGUCCACAUUGUGACUUAUGUUUUAAAUAUGAGACAUUGUACAAGAUUCACAUAUCAUUGGCCCAUCAAAAAAAAGUAAAAUUGAAAAGUCAAAUGUCACAAGUGAGAAGUAUUAGUAAGGUUUCAAGAAGACCAUCUCGGAAAAGCAAUUCUUCUGCAAUUCAGUGGGUGCAUUGUAGAUCAAGUAUGGAAACUGAGCCAGCAGGUGGAGAGCUCAGAGGGGAACUCCAUGAUUGUGCUGAAUGUGGAAGAAGUUUCUUUGAUGAACAACAGUAUUUACGCCAUAUUAAGGUACACGAUAAAAUAACAUGCCCAAUUUGCAAGCGAGAAAUCACUCGUUACAAUUACAGCAGGCACUAUGCUCUGCAUGGCCCAGGUAUGCCCCAGUUGGUGUGCGAGAUUUGUGGCAGCGUGUGCAAGAAUAAAGGCAGCCUUAGGACGCACAUUUACUAUACGCAUUCGCAAAGGUCGCUGCCCUGCGAACAUUGCGACAAGGUGUUUAGGAAGAAGUAUGAUCUGGUGAUGCACACUAAAAAGGAACAUACAGGCGAAAGAAAUCACGUGUGCGACAUUUGUGGGAAAAAGUAUUUCACGAGGCACAAACUGAAUAGCCACGUCAAAAUUUUGCAUUUGAAAGAACGCAAGUUUGUCUGUAGGUUCUGCGACAAAUCUUUAAGCAGCAGACAUUCACUGAGAACCCACGAGAGGCAGCAUACGAACGAAAGUCCGUAUAAAUGCGAGAUAUGUGGAGAAGGGUUCAGGCAGAAUGUUUCGUUAAGAUGGCACCGUAAGUCUAAGCAUAACUGCAUAGAAGAGAAAACAGAAGAAUGUAAAGUCUGUGGUAAAAAGUUCGUGAAUAUAUUUGCCGUUAAAAGUCAUAUGAGAAUGCAUGAUCCGUGAAGUCGUUUGUAAAAUGGAAUUAACGUAAUGUGGAAUUAUUUUGUUCUAAUCAUCUAUAUAGAUUAUAUAAUGUUAGAGAAUCAUUUUUAAUAAAGUGAUUUAAUUGAUUUCUAGAGUGUUUUUCGCCAACACUAGUCAGUAAAAGCUUAGGGUCCUGCACAAAGGUCGGACGGUUUUUAAAAAAGCACUGCUGCCAGAUCGAAACAGAAGAAUGUAAAGUCUGUGGUAAAAAGUUCGUGAAUAUAUUUGCCGUUAAAAGUCAUAUGAGGAUGCAUCAUCUACAUAGAUUAUAUAAUG